UAGCACGAAAAUAAUUCACUCAAAUUAUCCCCUUAUGGAGGAGGAGAUUUUGCUUUUAAUGAAAUCUAUUAAGGAGUCAUCGAUUGAAGGUACCUUAAUUAAUGUGUACGAGUGUCUUAACUCCCUCACUUGUGCUAUUAUUUGUAAGGCUACCGUUGGAACGACUUGUAACGAUUCGGAUUCAUUGAUGUCCACGCUAAGAAAAAUAACACCGCUCGUGGGACUUUUUAAUAUGUCGGAUUUGUUCCCUUCCCUCAAGUUUCUCGAUAAAUUCUUUAUUGGAUCAAAUCAAAAGUUACUAAAAAUGCAUCAUGAAUUCAUUGAUUGCCUUCUAGAAGAUAUUGUCCACGAACACGAAGAAAGCAUACGAAAAAAUAAUGUUGAUGGGGAAGAUCUUUUGCACCUUCUUCUAAGGCUCAGAGAGAAGGAGAGUCACAAUUUUCAAAUCCCUAUAACAAGAGAUAACAUCAAAGCUACAGUCUUGGAUAUGUUUAUCGGUGGAACGGAUACGACAUCACUUUUAGUGGAAUGGGCCAUGGCCGAAUUAAUAAAGAAUCCAAUAAUGAUGAAAAAAGCCCAAUUUGAAGUCAGAGAGACUUUAAAAGGGAAAAAAAGUGUUGAUCAUAAUGAUGUACAAAAUUUGAAAUACUUGAAAUUGGUUGUUAAAGAAACUCUAAGACUUCAUCCUCCUGGUCCCUUAGCCGUACCGAGAGAAUCAACCGAGGAAAUCGCGAUAAACGGGUACAUUAUUCCUAAUAAAACAAUAGUCUUAAUGAAUUUGUACGCAAUGGGAAGAGACCCUGAAUAUUGGCGCGAUCCAGACAAAUUCAUGCCUGAUCGAUUCAACAAUUAUGUCGAUAAGGACGUUGAUGAUGUGAAAAUGAUCAAAGGAUCAUCAAGUGUUCCUAUGGAGUUCUUGGGAUUUGGAUUUGGAAAAAGAGUUUGUCCAGGAAUGUUAUUUGCUACAGCAAGUAGUGAGCUUACAUUGGCUAGAUUUCUCUACCAUUUUGAUUGGAAACUUCCUAAUGGUAUGAAUCCAGAAGAUUGAGAUAUGACUGAAAGUUUUGGUGCUGCUGCUACUAGGAAAAACACCUUGUACUUGGUUGCUACACCCUAACAAAUUUCCUAAUGCCAUCAAUCUAUGUGACAUCUUUCGAAUUUUGAGAGUCAAAUUAUUUUUAUCAGGUAUUGUUUUAAUUGAUAAUAUGUAAUAAGUUGUACAUAGUUUUAUCC